UGUAUUGUGAAAUGUCAAAGACCUUUGUAAUGUUGUAUUGAAAAGAUUUACAAAAUGUUAUUUAUUGUUAAUGAAAACUUUAAUCAAAAUUGUCGAAGUUUGUGAUUUCUAAAUAAAACUAUAGAAGACUUAAAAUGGAGCCCAACAUGUCAUUCUUCAGUCUACCAUUCGUUGAUUCAGAGACAUCGGAUUUAGUGUUUCAUAGGAAAGUGCCGGAAUGCGAUUAUGACUUUCAAAACGAACUCCCUUCGCAAAGUGCUCUUUUGGCUGCGGACGAUGUACUUGCGCAAUUUUUAUCUUCUGAUGGUCCUUUAGAAGAACCUGAUUUAAAUGGGCCUACAACCUUACACUGUGAAAUAUGUCAGAAGAGAUUUGAUAAUGCAAAAAAGUAUUAUGGACAUUUAAGAGUACAUUCCAAGGAUAAUCUAUGGAUUUGUGAAAAGUGUCCAAAUCAGAAAUUUGCCACAAAACAGCAUCUUAUGAAGCACAGUCUGACGCAUAAACCUCUGGCACGUGUCUGGAAGUGCCCUCAGUGUUCCAUGUCCUUUGAAGCUCUCUGGCGCUUACAACAACAUCUGUUUGCUAAACAUUUAGACUACAGACCUCACAAAUGUGACGAGUGUGAGAAAUCAUUCCAGAAGCCCUCCGAUUUAAAGAAACAUAAAGAUUUACACAAUGAUGUUAAACCACACGCCUGUCUGUGUUGUGAUAAGAAAUUUAAUCAUAAAUCGAAUUUAAAUCGACACAUGUUACUGCACAGUAAGGACAAACCCUUCAGUUGUUCAGGUUGUCACAAUAGGUUCACGCAGGUAGCCUCGUUAAAGCGUCAUCAAAAAAACUGCGCCUACUACAGUAACGAAAAUGUUAACAAUGAAAAUAUAAGGAAGAACUAUUGCCGAAUAUGUGGAGCGACAUUUCAAUAUAAAAAUGCUUUACUGGAUCAUUGUGUGAGACAACACACGAAUCCAAGGCAAGACACAGAUACCGAUGUCAAAACGAGCCAAGUGAAUAUAGAUACGAAUAGAACAGAAGACAACAUUGUCGACGAUAUAUUAUCAGCUGAGGAUGACUACAUGACGAUGAGUCAACAGGAAGUACACAAUUAUAACAACCAUCAAAGCCUAUCCGACGUAAACACAUACGACAAUCUGAUGCAAAUUGAAUUUUUUAAAGAAAUGAAUCAAUUGCACAUAUUGGACGAUGAACUCCUGUACAACGAUCUAGAUUUUGACAGUUUUCAUAACAGUCACACGUUCAAUGUUAACGACAUAGAUUAUGUUAACGAUAAAAACGGUGAGAUAUUAUUCGAUUUCACCGAUGGGGGCAAAAGUGUGGAUCAAGAUAUAAUGAACGCGCUGUACCACGUCAAGGCUGAACAUUUACCUGAUGAACUCCUGAACGUGAACGACGUGAACACAAAAACGACUGAGGUUAAUCAAAAUCCAGCAGUCGCUGUCGAUGAAUGCGCAACUAUAUUCGAAAGUGACGUGGAUUUAGAAGCGAGUACUAAUUUAGCUGCGAAUUUGAAUCAAUUGAUCGGUGAAAAUAGUGUACAGUAUAUAUCGACCGAAGACGACGAUAUGUUUAUAAUUAGUUUAAAUAGUGAAAUUGAUGCAGUACAGUUAACUGACAUGUUGAACAUAGGUAUUGAUGUUGUUAAUACGAAGAGUGAGGGGAACGCUGAGACUGAAACGGAAGCGCCCGGUGCUGAUGUAACCUAUGAUAACGCACAUCCCAUAAUUAUUAAAAUUGAAGAAACUAACCAGUUGAAGAAUGAAAUGAGUGAGAAGGGAAAUAGUAGAGCGAAACCGAAGACAAAGAAGCAGGUUAUUUACGUUUGCUCGACGUGCGAUAAGAUAUUCAAAAAGAAAGAUAACUACAAAUCUCAUAUAGCGACGCACGAGGCGGGGCUGCGGCGCCACGCGUGCGCGCAGUGCGGCGCGCGGUUCAGCUACCGCUCGACGCUCAACAAGCACCGGCGCCGCGCGCACGAGCCGCGCCCGCGCGCCGCGCACGCGUGCGGCCGCUGCGCGCGGGCCUUCGCCGCCGCCUGGAUGCUCAAAAACCACAUCGAACGCGAUCACGAACGUCUGACCCCGUACGCGUGCGACGCGGAAGGCUGCGACAGGAAAUUCUACAAGAAAUGUGACCUGGUCGUCCAUAAAAGAUACCACACGGGCGAGCGACCGUUCUCGUGUCAGAAGUGCAAACAGGCUUUUCCGCACGUCUCACAUCUCAAGCGACACGAACGUUAUGUCGACUGCAAGCAAAGGACUCGAAGACAAGAGCCGUAGCAUAUAAUAAAUAUA